AUGAGCGCGGGAGGGCCUAAUCCUAUGAACAAUUUACCCCCUGGAGUCAAUCCAGAGAACAACCUCUUGCCCGGAGGACCUAUAAUUAAUCAAGGAAUGAAUAGAAAUAGGAAUAAUAAUCAAAAUCCAUUAUUUAAUGUUAGGGAAAGACUAUUUCAUGCUUUAUUUUUCAAAUUUGCAAUUGCAUAUGCUCGUACAUUUCCUCGACCCGUAAGGAGAUUUUUCGAGUUUCUAGUGCUUCUGAAAGCACUAAUAGCUUUCUUUGUGCUUGCAUACAUACACAUAGCUUUCUCGAGAACACCAACAACAUGUUUGAAUCAUAUCAAAGAUUCGUGGCCAAGAGAUGGUAUUUUAAGGGUGGAAAUCUUAAGAAAUCCUGCCCAAGACUAUACGAUUGAACAGAGCUAUGCUAAAGAGAGGAAGCUGAAGAAAGAUAAAGAGGAAUUAAAUUCCAUGCUAGGGAUGCUAGCUACUGAAGGAUUUGUCAAUAUAGAAUCAUCAACAAAUGAUGAAAUUAAAGAUGAUGAAUAUUUAAGAGAUGGAACUGAUUAUGGAAAUAUCACCCGUAUUCAUGAUGAGAAUGAGGACUCUCCAAAUCAAGUGAUCGAAACGGGUUUCUUUGUCGAAAGUAAACCAGAUAUGGUGCCAAGCGAUGGUCUAACUGAUCUUAAUCAAACUAUUGUACCAGGUGAAGAUGUAGAACCAACAUCAUCCAUAUGGGAAGGAAUAUUGGGACUUGUAGAGGAUAUUGAUAGGGAUUCAAAAUUGGGUGAUGAAUCGGUCGACGAUUCCGCAGUGAACGAUUCAUCGAAAGAUGAAGAUUACAUACUGGAAUAUUCACUGGAAUAUGGAUUUCUUCGUUUAUCACCAAGUGCAAGGCUCCACCUCAAGAUUCCGGUAAAAAUCGUCACCUUGGACCCGCAGAAGGAUGAAUGUUUUGGAGAUACGUUCUCUCGUUUAGUUCUUGAUGAAUUUCUCGGCUACGAUGAUCUUCUCAUGGCUUCUAUUAAGAGUCUAGCUGAACAAGAGGACAAUAAGGGGUAUUUGAGGAAUGUGAUAACCGGUGAACAUUACCGUUUCGUGUCGAUGCUGACUGCUCGCAGCUCUUAUAUAGCUGCAUUCUUUAUUAUGCUGGUGUUUACUGUUUCGAUAUCUAUGCUGCUGCGCUAUGCUCAUCAUCAAAUAUUCGUUUUCAUUGUGGAUCUACUGCAGAUGCUGGAAUUUAACGUGACUGUCUCGUUCCCUGCGGCACCACUACUCACAGUUAUUUUAGCUCUAGUUGGUAUGGAGGCUAUCAUGUCGGAGUUCUUCAAUGAUACGACGACAGCUUUCUACAUCAUCCUUAUCGUUUGGAUCGCCGACCAGUACGACGCGAUCUGCUGCCACACGGCCAUUGCUAAGAGACAUUGGUUAAGAUUCUUCUAUCUGUAUCACUUUUCUUUCUACGCUUAUCACUAUCGCUUCAACGGUCAGUACAGCAGUCUUGCGUUGGUUACAUCAUGGCUCUUUAUACAACAUUCAAUGUUAUACUUCUUCCAUCACUAUGAGUUGCCAGUAAUACUACAGCAGGCUCAAUUACAACAACUUCUCUUACGUACCCAUCAUGGUAUGGGUGGAAUGAUGGGCUUGGCAGGUAUAGCUGCUUUAGCGAGUGGAGGAGCAUACCACGAUGUUCCUGGUACCGGAACCCAGGCUACACCUCCAACCACACAAUCAACUACGCAAACAGUUCAAAAUACAGCACAAUCUACAACGCAAACGACGCCAUCUGUAUCCACGGUGCAAACUAAUACCACUCACACUGGCGACAUGAUAUCUUCCCGAAGCACUACACCAAAUGCAACAGCUAAUGAUACAAGUGCAACUACAGAAAAUCAAACCGAAGAACGAGCAGUAGCUCCGCAGGUAACGGAAGCUAUUGCCAAUACAAAUAAUGAUAAGAAUCAAACAGUGACACCGAUUGCUGAAAAAGCUAUGAGAAUUGAAGAAAUUCAGAGAAAGAAGUCUAAUGAAGCUAUUAGAACGAUUCAUAGCAGUAGUUCGACUACUGCUACGCUUGAUAAUGAUGUCAACAAUUCACUAGAGGGGGCUAAUGACGACGUAAUGCAUAAAAACAAUGCUGAAGUUGAGAGUUUAACUUUAGAUCGUAGACGAAGACAAAGCAUGGAAGUAAAUGAAGACGAUCCUGUGUCUAGCACAGCGACCACUACUGCGAAACUAGCUCCUAGAGCGUCGCCCGAAAGUGACGACUUAGACUAGUAUCAUUUAAACUAUGUGCCUCUACGCUUUCGUUAAAAUAUUCAGUUUCUAUUUUACUUAGGUUAAAAAAUCUAAAGUCAUGGCCGUAAAUUAUAAUAGAAAAUAGAUAUCGACAAUUAUGAUGUAGAUGCUAAUUUUUUCGAAAUGUACUUGUUAAUUUAUGGUUGAUGAUACUUAGACGACAGACAAGAAUGAAAAACACAUUUUUAAUAGAACAUCUUUGUAUCGAGUUUUUAAACGGAUGUUAAGGGCAAUUUCGCAUAUGGAUCGGUGAUUGUAGUUGUAAGUCAUGGCUGCCAUUACAGCAAGUGUAAAUACCUAUAUGUCGAUAAACAGUCUAGUCAACAAGUUCAAAAACGUGUUAAAUAGAGAUAAAGCUCCUAAAAAUGUGAGCUGUAGCUCAUUCGAUCCAGAAUGACGUCUAGAAAAAUGGGUUGUAUGGAUUUUUUAGAACACGAAAAAUUGCAAAAGUUAUUAACAAAUUAAGUGGCAAAAAAAAAGUAAUUUCGUUUAUUGUUGAUAAUCCUAAAACUAUUAACAUUUAUGGAAUUUAAAAAGGUCCUUAAAGAGGAGGAAAUUUCCAGUAAAAAAGUCCACAGUCCCGGAGUUCUAUCUCUAUUAUUUAUAAUUUUAAUUUAACGCUUACAGUAGUUCUGCGAUGCGAGCUAGAAAAGCCUUCCACCCCUUUUUCUAGACGUCAUUCGGGAUCGAAUGAACUACCGCUACGAUUUUUAGGAACUUUAUCCCUAUUUAACACGUUUUGAACUUGUUGAUUAGACUAAAAUAUUUAUUAGGAUAUUUUUGUGUUGUAUCAAGAUUUUGUUACAUCGAAUAUGCUUAGUGAGAGGUGCUGGAAGUCAGCAUAUUCUAUUCAUUCAGUGAUUUAGUUUAUUGCAAUAAAUAUUUUUGUUCAUA